AUGCGGAAGCAGAGCAACGUGACCUUCAUCGUCUCCUUUGAUGCCGACGAUCUUCUGAGGAGACUCCUUGCGCACAGGUCCUCGGAGCACAUGCAGCUCUUCGCGAACAACGUACGCGUCUUUCUGCGCUUCUACGACUUCGACGGUUUCGACAUUUACAAGAUUCAUUUCACCGUUGAGAACCAGGACUAUAUAUGGGGGAACUUGUCUUUGGUGCAGAUACUCAACAAGGAGCUUGUUUCUGGCGGCGAGUACCUUUUGUCCGUCGGCUUCACAUACGACGAUGAAGUCCCGCCUGAAGGACUGGCUGAAGCACUCAAGCACGCGACAUUCUCGAACCUGAUCACGCACGUUGCUCCAAUAGACAUCUGGAACUCGACGGUGGCCGAACCGCCCAACCACUUUAACAAAUUGAAACAUGAGAUCGAAAGAGUGCAGGCGGUUCGCAAGCUGCAGCCCGACCACGUGAUGUGCUACACGCUGACGCUAUGCAUCGCGCACUACGUCGUGCUCGAGGGCACGCCCUUCGAGCCAGCCCGUGGGGAGUUCUUCAACUUCCAUGAAAUGUCAUGCGACCGGAUUUCCGAGAUGGACACGGAGCAUAGUAAAGCCGACGGCAUGUCCAUCGUGUCUGCUGACGGCAGCAUCUACUACGCCUAUGACACCACCACAACUCUGCUUGAUAAGAUACGCCAGUUGGACCCGCACGGUAUGUGUGUCUCGCUGUUCGAUGUUCAGUGCGACGACACGGAAGACUGCGAGGAAGGCCGUUACUCGAGGAUCGAGGCCGUGAAGAAGGAAGUCGGCGUCUUGGAUGCACAGCGAGAACUCAUGCUCCAGCUGCGACUCCGUCACGGACAUCUGUGAACGUGACAUUCUAAGGAGAUGGAU